ACAAGACUCUGGCCACUAAGAACACCUCCUUCGCGACGCGACCGAGACACGCACCCAUAGCAGUAAUAGACGGGCCACAAGUGGAGAAUUGAUGAAAGAGAAUUGAGCAAUUAUCUUCUUUACUUUUUCUUCUUGGACGGUAACGAUUGGUGGGGUCUUGGCUGCAUUAUUGACUCAACAUGCUUUAUUGAGCAGUCCUGGUAGACAUAAGUGCUGAUUGUCCAGAAUCAACGCAAGCGAACAGUGAGUGGGCUUGCGUCGACCUAGAGUGCGCCGAAUUAUGUCCUUUCUAUCGGGGCAGUGAGAAGGAAUCAAAGGUAUCUACAAAAGGAGCACCAACACCGGCUCUCCAAAGGUGUUGUUUUGAAAGUCAUGGACAGUGCGCUCUACCACUCAGCGGGAAUAUUCGGCUCCCCCUCGGCUUCUGGAAACUUGACUGAGGGUGGAAACAUGAUCACCUCCACCAAGCCUCUCGCUUUUUCGAUCGAACGGAUUAUGGCUAGGACUCCCGAGCCAAAGUCAAUACCUUUCCCCAACCUGUUCCAUCACACUCCGGUGGGUAAAACUGACCCGAAGCAGGCGCUCAGCAUGACUUCAUCAUCAUUGCAUUGCAUGAUACCAUUCAUGCCAUUGGCAUACGAACCUGGUCAUAAACUAAAUAUUAAUGGAAUAGAUACAAGUCACUUUGACGCGGCCUCGUACAAUUCAAAUGAGUUGGUGGGCAUUGGGUUGAACUAUAAGAACGAACAACCAGAUUUGGGUCCGUCGGUGGGACAAUACAAACUUUUCCGACCGCGGGUAGUAAACCAGUCGUCCUUUCAUGCCAUGGGGGCCGUGUGCUACCUGAACUGCGGAGAGAGUGGGUGCCCACCCCCGGCCAGCAUUGUAAACAUCCACCCCAUGGCCUCCUACUUUCUCAACACUCCGUUGCAACAUGCACGCCAGAGAGCUUUCCUCGCGGAGAAAAAUAAAGUGUCUCACUGUGCAGACAGAUACCCAUCCGGAGUUGCUUUUAAAGACGUUUCCCAAACCCAGCUUCAUCACUACAUGAAAGAGAGCGCACAGAUUUUAUCUGACAAACUAUUCAAGGGCUCUUCCAAAUUGAACAGUGGUUGCGCUGGUGGUAAACCCAAAGUAUUCACCUGCGAGGUUUGCGGAAAGGUGUUCAAUGCCCACUAUAACUUAACGCGACAUAUGCCGGUGCACACCGGAGCGAGACCAUUCGUCUGCAAAGUAUGCGGCAAGGGAUUUCGACAAGCAAGCACGCUUUGUCGACAUAAAAUUAUUCAUACUCAGGAAAAGCCUCAUAAAUGCAACCAGUGUGGAAAAGCCUUUAAUCGGAGUUCAACUCUUAACACACACACACGAAUCCAUGCAGGUUACAAACCCUUCGUCUGUGAGUUCUGCGGCAAAGGUUUUCAUCAAAAAGGUAAUUACAAGAACCACAAAUUGACACAUAGCGGUGAGAAACAGUUCAAGUGCAACAUCUGCAACAAGGCCUUCCACCAAGUGUACAACCUUACGUUCCACAUGCACACGCACAAUGACAAGAAGCCCUUCACUUGCCCAACUUGUGGCAAGGGAUUCUGCCGGAACUUUGACCUAAAAAAGCACAUCCGAAAACUACAUGAUCUCUCUGGACCCCAAUCCCCUGCCACUCUCCCGACAUCUGAAACUCACUAAAAAGUUCCCGGAGCUCAAAUGCCAGCCAGCCGAUGCGCCUUUACGCACACUGAUUUGCUCAAAUCUGGAAAGAGGCCAUAGCCUAAUGGUGAGUUUAGACGGCGAAGAGAUAUGGUGGACAAUUGUAUUUGAACAUCUUUUCCUUGAAUUUGACAUUUUUAAUGUCACUAUACAUUUGUUUUCUUUCAAUCUCAGGAUUAUUGUAAAAUGUCGAUAUUUAUUUGAAAUUGUAACACUGUAGCCUAGACUACUGAAAUCUAUAAAAUAUUUUUUGUUGUGAUAAGUGUGGUAGCCUACCCAUUUUAUAAGAUACCCUUGAUAAAGUCAAAUGAUUUGUGUGUAUAUGCAAAGUUUUGCAGAAAUUAGGUUUAAAUGAGGAGUAUGGGCUACAUUUCAAGCAAGUGCACGAACGAAAUAAUCAAAGUUUUUGAAAGGAAAGAAUGAAAAUAAAAUGGAAUAUGUGUAUGUCAUGUUUCCGAUAUCAUAUUGUGCAUUAUUUACAAAGAAAAAUGCA